GAGGUCGCCAACAAGGCAGCUGGCAUGCAACCUGGCACUUGCACCUUCCCAUCGCACAACCUGACCUCACGCAACAAUCGAGGCGUGCGCUCAUUUCUCAUAGCGUACCGACCAAAUCGGGCCCACAACCAUGAACACGGCAGGCGCAGUCGUGCUCGCCAUCGUCCUGGCGCUGAUCGCGGCCGCGGCCGGGUGGGUGAUCUUCACUCGUGUCCGGGCAUCAAGACUAGGGUUACCUCCGCCCCCCUGGCGAUCGUACAUCCCCUUCCUCAAGUCCUCGUCCUCGUCCUACGGCGGCCCCGCCCCCGCCCCGGGCGGCAUCAUCGGCUGGAUCAACGACCGCAUCCGAAUCAUGCGCUAUGGUCGCAACACCCGCACCGCCGCCGGCGCCUAUGAGAGCUCGUCGUCCUACAACGCCGGCUAUUCUGGCACGACAGGAGGUAAUCGCGGCUUCGACCACCUCGACGACGACCCCUGGGAUUCGCGGGUCGGCGGGUAUAACCCGUACGAGGAGGAGCGCGAAUUGGGAUUGGCGCCGCCGAGCGGCUAUGAAGGACACCAACAGCAUGCGGGGUUCCGGCCGGAGGGCGAAGGGUACCAGAUGAACUUGCCCGUUGACCCAGCGGAGGAGGAGCCGAGGGGCCGGAAAAGGAGUCGGUCGCCAGGGCCGUCGGCAAAGUCGAAUCCGUUUGGGGACAACGCUGAGCCGAGUAACAUCAGCUUGAGGGGUGUUAGCCCGCGGCCGAUGGAGACGUCGUUUGCCGGGCGGAAGGCGGGGAAGGCGGAAGAGGACCAUGACAGGAGGUCGAUAUUUCGGGAGGUGAUGUAAUUUUGUAUGAAUGGUUGAUUACGGGUUGCCGGUCAACGUUGUGCAUUGUGUGUGUUUCCACUGCUACAGUAUGGACCAUUACGUCUUUGGGAGGGUGGUUUGGAUGGCGUUCGAUCGGUUGCUUUGUCUUAUCGCGCUGCUGUGGGGUUAUACGCACUUCAUCAGGACAUCUACUUGUUACAAUGCCAUAUAUGUGUCUACGAACGGUGGGCAACCUGUAAUAUUUCUGUGGUUGUCUGCUCAACACUUCCGGCUCCGGCUUGGACGGUUAUCGGGGCGUGACAUCCACUGGGACAGGAGUCCGUCUCCGUGGUGACGAUCCUGAGCUCAGAAACACGAGAAGGCUACCAAGGCCGAAAGAGCCGGAAGAGCUAACACCAAACCAUUGAUGUACCC